AUGCGUACGAACAACUUCACACCUGAAAUCAAGACUCCUUACCAAAAUGGUAAACAGGGCGAACCAAAACAAAAAGGAAAACAGAUUAGCCAUGUGGGUUGGAAUUUGGUUACAUUCAACCGAAGAGGAAUUUCAGUAGAUCCCUCGAAGAUCAAUGCACUGAGUGAAUGGCCAACACCUAAGAAUGUGUCAGAUGUUCGAAGUUUCUUGGGAUUGGCAGGCUAUUAUCGAAGAUUUGUGAAGGAUUUUUCGAGGAUUGCGAGGCCCAUGACGAAUUUAAUGAAGAAGGAAUGUAAGUUUGUUUGGACCCAGGAGUGUGAACAAGCGUUCCAGACCUUGAAAGACAAGUUAACCUCAGCUCCAGUAUUGGCUUUGCCAGAUGAAAGUGGGCAAUAUGAGGUGUAUAGUGAUGCAUCGAAGUUUGGAUUAGGUUGUGUUUUAAUGCAGAAUCGGAGGGUCAUUGCAUAUGCUUCGAGACAAUUGAAACUGCAUGAGGUGAACUAUCCAACCCAUGACCUGGAGUUAGCUGCGAUUGUGUUUGCUUUGAAAAUUUGA